UCAAACCAUCAAAAAGUUUCACAACCGAUCUACUUCUAGUUCUCCAUAUCAAAACUGAAGAGAAACGGGAAUUAAUGGCAUUUGUGUCAAUAAACCGUAAAUUACAAUGACGGCUGUGUAGGAGAGGGAAAAGGAAUUAAAUAGUAACUUGUAAUUUAUUUUUCACUCGGUUAAUUCAAGUUGGAGAUCACCUUAAACUUAGAAAUGAACUACAGUAAUGGAUGAGGUGAUUUACGGAGACUGCAGCCAUAGUGGAGACAGCAAGAGGAAGUGUGUGGAACUGGAGGAAACAAAACAGAGGGACCAUGGGAAGAUAAUGGAAGAAAGGUUUCCGCAGUCUUUGGAGAACAGUGGAGACCAGCAUAUUACCAAUGAUAGGAACCCUUCAGAAACAGCAUGUGGGAGCCUUCCAAAUAUGGAGCAAAAAACUGUUUGCAGAACAGAUCUGAAAGAUGCUUCAGAGUCAAGCAAUAAGGAAACCACAAGCCAAGUGAACAAGAGUUAUAAAUGUGAUCACUGUGAUUCCGUUUUUCGUCAGAAGAACAACCUAAGGAGACAUUUAAAGUUGCAUUCAGGGCAUAAACCCUAUGUAUGUAAAGAAUGUGGACUAUCAUUUUACGUGCAGGAUUCUUUGAAGAAACACAUGAGAACUCACACUGGGGAAAAACCAUAUAAGUGUGGAGAAUGCAACACCUCCUUUGCUCAUAGUGGUCAUUUGAAAGCGCAUAAGAGAACACAUUCAGGAGAAAAGCCUUAUAAGUGCCAGGAGUGUGGCUUAUUUUUUUCUCAAGCAGGUAAUCUGAAAGUUCAUAUGCGUGUUCAUACAGGGGAAAAGCCCUUUGUUUGCAAAGUCUGUGGAGCUGCGUUUGCCAUUAGUAGUGUAUUCAAAAAGCAUAAAUUGGUUCACACUGGUGAGCGUCCCUUUAAGUGUUCUUAUUGUAAUGCAAGAUUUUCUAGUAAUUCCAAUUUGUCAAGGCACAACAAGACACACACGGGAGAAAGACCUUUCAAGUGCCAAUUAUGUGAUGCAGCUUUUCCAGUUAAAAAUUCAUUAGAUCGUCACAUCAAGUCACACACAGGUGAACGUCCAUACUGCUGUGAAAUGUGUGGUGCUGUUUUUGCUGAUAUGUCAGAUCUUACGAAACAUAGGAAAACUCAUUCUUCUGAAAAGCCAUUGAAAUGUAAUGUAUGUGGAAAAGGUUUCUUUUCUAAAUCUCAAAUGAAUAUUCAUAUUAGAACUCAUACUGGAGAAAAGCCACAUAAAUGUCAGUUAUGUGAUGCAGCUUUUGCACAGAUAGGUACACUGAACAAACACAAACAAAGACACUCAGGAAAAAAACCUUUUCGAUGUGAUGUGUGUGGUACACAGUUCACAGCUAAAAGCAGCUUGAAAAAACACAUGGAAAGACAUUCAUCAAGUGCUGUGCCAUCGACACCAAGUACUUGUAAUAUCUCUCCUUACUGUGGAGUGAAUCUGGAGACACCUUUUCAUGAUAUUCAGAACAAAGUAUUAAACACCAGUGGCUUAUGUAGUCAGGAAACAUUAUCACUGCCUUCCAAAUUGAUAACAGAAUCACCCCAGAUGGGAGAUUCAUUGAGUGUUGGGACCAUGUCGUUAAACUCAGAUGACAGCAUUUUGAAUAAACGUGUGGUGCAAGGAAGCAGUCAGAGUCCUUUACCAUCAAUUCCAUCUUCGCUUCAUAGUGUGGAAUCUACCUAUAUAGAUGUAGCAAAUUAUAAUUCGGGGUUGCAUACACUAGGUGGAGAUGUACCUGAAACCAGUUCUGUUCUUAGCAGUUAUACAGCUCUUGAAGAGAGAAGCACUCCAAUCUCUUUCCCAGAUCUGCAUGAUGCUAAUGAACUCUGUGAUAUUGGAAAGAAUCCAGCAAUAGUUGGUAAUGAAGUGCAGUAUCUUCACACCUUUUCUGAAGUUGUUGCAGUGCCUUCCAUCCAGCCAGAGGGUACAGGGAAUUCACUUGUAUCAGACCUCACACCCCCACAGAAAUGGUAGCCAUCACACAAGAGUUUUGAUAUUGGCUUUGAUGUUUGGCUUGUAGUACAAAUGUUUAGUUUAGUAGUUUGCAAAUGUCAAACAAUUUAUGAAGCACCUGCUAUACAUGACAUAUAGUAUGAGAACUAGAGUAUAUAAGUGUUUGCAAUAAUUAUUCAUAAUAUAUUCAACAAAAUUUUUGGCCAAAUGUUGGUUCUUCUGUGUUAGUCUUUUCCCCUUUUAAAAUAUUUUUGUUUACAGAGAUAUAUAGAAAAGCAAUUAAGGUGAGUUGUGGAUUAGUACAAAACUCACCAGUGUGAGCAGUUUCAAUUUCAGUCCCUGUUUUGUAAUAACAAAACAUAAAGGAAGUUGGCUGGAAAACUGAUGCCAUUUAUUCUUUUCCAGUACUGAGAGAGUACACGUCUCUCAAUAUGGUCAUUAUAAAGGAAUUGAUAGCAGUUUAGCAGUAUGUAUCAUAGAUGAUAAUGUGAAAAUGUAUUUACAUAUAUUGUAAGAGAUUAACAGAAACUUGUGUAUUUAUAUAUAUAUUUUUAUUGUUACAUAUAUUUUUAACUUGUUUUAAUUUUGUGAUACCAAAAUAUACCUUUUAAAAGUAUAAGUGUCUAUUACGUUUCCAUAUGGUAAAUCCUUAUUCAAAUUAUGAGCCAUGCCCUCACUAACAAAACUAUUAUCAGAUC